CCCUGUUCUAAAUUCUGCUGCCCGAGCGCGAGAUCCUUUGACCUGAUAUGACUCGAAUGGUGCGUUCAAAUCGCGCAGACGAUCUUGAGUCCCCUGGAAAUGGACAUUGAAGUCAGCAAGACCAUGGAUGAUACCGCUGUCCGUUCUGAAUGCGCUAUCUCUAUGACGAAACUCCCUUGACCUCGGCGACGGAGCCUAGACCGACAACUGCAACUCACCCAAAGCAUCUACGACCUAGGCGAAACUGUCCUGUCGUUGCUUACUUCAGACAGACAAAUGUGUGCCUGCGCAGACAGAAUAUCGUACCACCUCAUUCUUCUUGUGGGCCGCCGCACGUACCCACAAGAUACGGCCACUUCGAGCCUAAUCAGUCUGCAAUCCAGCGAGAUGGUACAUCCGCCUAGUACUGACUGACGACUUGACCCUUCGCUGCACGAUUCUGCAGUGCACUGCUGUGACAGUAGGUGCUCCACCAUGUCACUUUCAGCAGAGGCAGUGCAAGCU